AUGGAUGUUGGUUGUAUCACUGCGUCAGAGAAUCGCUCCUCCGAUGCUUAUUCUCCUUCCGCCACCGUCAAUUCUAAGAUUGGAAAGAAUAAAUUAGCCAAGGAUGUUGGCCAAGCUACCCCAAUUGCUCUUAACAGGUUCACAUCACAAAUUAGGAAACCUCCUCGUCGUAAAACUUCUCCUAUCAACUGGUUCCCGCGCAAAAAAGUGGACUCCUACUUGAAUAGGAAAAUUAAGAUGCUUCAGGAAGUAGAUGGUAUGAAUUUGACUCUUGAUCAGACUUUAGGCAGUUCUAACCCACAUUAUUCAAGAGUACUGAGAGAGAAAAUGGCAGCCAGAGAAGCGGCACACAGGGCAAUGGAGGCCCGAAGAGCUGCAUUGGUGGAAGCCUCUUGGUGUCGAAUUUUACGUGCGGCCAGGAUUCCUAGUGAUGAUGCAGAAGCUCAACUCUUGAAAGCAGAAAAAAGUGCAGUGGAAGCUUUUGAGACUGCUCAGGCUAUGGGCGUUAUUAUGUUUGACUUGCCAAAUUGCCCUAAAAAGCAUUGUCAAAUAGAGACAUCCUCUGUUAAUGGAGAAGGAUCAUCUACUCAUACUGUUACUGCAUCAUUUGAAACUGCCUUUGAGGUGGACAGAGAAGUAGCUGUAGCUGUCAAAACUGCAUUUAUUAGACUUGCAAACUGCCCUUCAUUUAGUAAAGAUGAAUUCAGAGAACUACUAAGAAAAAUUAGUGAAAAUCCUGAUACAGAUGAAAGUAAUCAGGAUCUGUCUGAGUUCUCGUCAGAGUAUGAAUCUGAGUCUUGGUCAGAGCUUGAUUCAAUCUCUCAAAAGAGUGACUUCAACUCCCAAUAUUUGGAUUCUAAAAUGCCAUUUCUUGGUGUAAAUCAGAGGAAAAGCAGGAAGAGACAGUCACUUGACAACAGAAAAAAACUUGUGGAUAUGAUGAUUGGGAGGUUAAAAUGUUUGCAAGAAGAUGAACUUUCUUCUCUUGCCACUAUAGUUGCAACUUAUGGUUUGAAUGCUGCCUUGGCUGAAGUACAGAAUAUCAAACUGCACAAUCCAGACUCUGCUACAUCCUCUUCAGCAAUUAAUUUUCCAGCAAGAAGAAUGUCAUCAUUGGGAUUGGGAAAGUCAGCCUUGGAUGCGAUGGAAAAAAAGCAAGUUGAGCCAGAAUUACCAAGCCUUGAUAAAUUUUUAGUAAAACACAUGACAAAACUGGAAAGAGAAGUUUGGGAAGCCAAGAAAAACAGAAAGAAUGAGACAGAGUUGGGUAGGAAUAGCCCUUGUAAAUCUGUUGAUGGAACUCUACCAGAGGUGGUACCUGACUUGGGAAGUAUUCUAGUGAAGAAUUAUUCAAAACUAGAGAAAGACAUCAAGGAAGCAAAAAAUAAGUCCGGUAAGGAAAUGCCAGCAGUUCCAAGUGGCAUUCCAAACAGUAAAAAGGAUCACACAGAAGUACCAGGCUUAGAUAAGGUCCUAGUGAAACAUGUCUCAAGACUAGAAAAGGAAGUCCAAGAAGCGAAAAACAGAAGAAUCAAUGAGAAUAGAUGUUUGAAGAAAAAAGUCGACCUAGACACCUCAGGUGGACUAGAUUCAACUUGCUAUUCUGAUGAAGCAUUGGACAGGAAAGAAAACAUAAAUUCAAAUACAGAGAUCAAUUCAGGGGAAAACAAAGAUGCCCCGUUGGAGAAAGUACUGAUAAAACCCGUGCACAGAUUGGAAAGAGAGAGGCUGCAGGCCUUGUCACUGGGAAGCAAUGUUGAAGACUACAAACAAAGAGUGAACAAUUUAGCAACCAAUGUUAUGGAUUGUGAGAGCUUGGACAAAAUUUUAGUUAAGCAUGUCUCUAGACUUGAGAAGGAGAAGAUGAGGAUCAAUUCAGGGGAGGAAUGGGGUGAAGUUAAGAGAAUUCACAGAAACAUCCAUUUGAAAACAAAUGAAGAAGGUGGCCUGGACCAAGUAUUGGUUAAACGUAAAUCCAGACUUGAGCAAGAAAAGAUGGCUGCUCAGCAGCCAGAGAAUUCAGUUAGUAUUUCCCUUGCUCGUCGUGAAGCAAGGGAGAGAGAGUUGCAUGAAGCAUGGGGAGGAAUGAGCUUAGGAAACUCCAUUAAGCCUAGUCUCUCUAAGCUUGAACGCGAAAAGGCUGCUUGGAUUAAAGCUGAAGAGGAGGAAAGGAAGCAAGCAAUGAAAGCAAUUUGA